UCAGGGAGGGGCUUUCUCUCCUCCUCUUGCUAUAUUAAAUGCAUUGAAAGAGUGUGACUGUCUCUUGGUGCUAUCCCAUUCAAUCAGGUUACAAAAAUGACAACUUACACAGACAAAGGAGAAAAGCCCAAAGGAGGCAAAUUUCUCCACUUCCACUCUCUCACAUUCUGGGUUGGAAAUGCUAAGCAGGCUGCCUCGUUUUAUUGUAACAAAAUGGGAUUUGAAGAACUGGCCUAUAAGGGCCUGGAAACUGGCAGUAGAGAAGUGGUGUCUCAUGUAAUAAAGCAGGAUAAGAUCAUAUUUGUCCUCUCAUCUGCUCUCAACCCUGAAAACGAAGAAAUGGGAAAGCACUUGGUGAAGCAUGGAGAUGGCGUAAAAGACAUUGCAUUUGAAGUCGAGGAUUGCGACUUCAUUGUGCAGAAAGCUAAAGAGCGUGGGGCAGUGAUAGUGAAAGAGCCCUGGGUAGAGGAAGACAAAUCUGGAAGAGUGAAAUUUGCAAUCAUCCAGACGUAUGGAGACACGACGCACACAUUAAUAGAAAAUCUUAACUACAAAGGUCUCUUCUUACCUGGCUUUGAGCCUCCUCUCUUCAAAGAUCCACUGUUACCAAAGCUACCAAGUGGCAAGCUGAGUUUCAUUGACCAUGUGGUGGGGAACCAGCCAGAUCUUCACAUGGUCCCUGUGGCAGAAUGGUACCACAAGAACCUUCUGUUUCAUCGGUUCUGGUCUGUGGAUGAUAAACAACUGCACACAGAGUUCAGUGCCCUCCGUUCCAUUGUGGUUGCCAACUACGAAGAGACCAUAAAAAUGCCCAUAAACGAGCCAGCGAUGGGCAAGAAAAAAUCCCAGAUUCAGGAAUAUGUUGAAUAUUAUGGAGGAGCUGGGGUCCAGCACAUUGCUCUGAAUACCCCUGACAUUGUUACUGCUGUCACAAACCUGAAACAACGGGGCAUGGAGUUUAUGACGGUUCCAUCCACUUACUACCAGCAACUGCGAGAGAAGCUGAAAUCUGCCAAAAUCAAGGUUAAGGAAAACAUCGACAAACUGGAGGAACUGAAAAUCUUAGUUGACUUCGAUGAGAAAGGAUACCUGCUCCAGAUCUUCACUAAGCCCGUUCAGGAUAGACCCACUGUCUUUCUGGAGGUCAUACAGCGCCACAACCACCAGGGAUUUGGUGCUGGAAAUUUCAAGUCUUUGUUUCAAGCUAUAGAAGAUGACCAGGAUGCAAGAGGAAACCUUACCAUACUGACAGCAGAUGGAGAAACUAAUUUAAUCUAGAGCCUCUCAGCAAGAGAUAGGCAGCAGACACAAUAACUUCCAUGUAUGAAAGUGCCUAUACAUUUUGGUUAAAAAUCUCCAAUAAUUUGGGUCAUUAGCCGAACACUAAGCAUAUAAACCAAGGAAAUUCACAGUUAAGCAUGAGAGGCAGGUAUAAUAGGCCAGAGGUGGCUAAGCCUCCCCUAACCCAGGCUGUAGCCCUGCCCACGCUCCACCCUGAUGGCCCACCUCUCUCUCCCCUUCACCCUCGAAGCUUGUGGGGGCUCAGCUCAGAGUGGCCCACGGUCAGGCCGGGCUGGCGCGGUGGGUCGGUUUGGGCCGGGCUGGCAUGGCAGAUUGGGCCGGUUUGGACCGGGCAGACACGUCGGGUCAGGUUGGGCCGGGUUGGUUCGGGCUGGCCCGGCGCAUCGUCGACUGGGCCGGCGCGUUGGGUCGGUUCAGGUUGGGCUGGUGCUUUGGGUUGGUUCGGGUUGGGCUGGGUCAGUGUGUCGGGUCAGGUCGGGCUGGGCGUUGGGUCGGUUCAGAAUGGGCCAGCGCGUCGGGUUGGGUCGGGCCGGCGCGUCGGGUCGGUUCAGGUCAAGCUGGCACGUCAGGUCGGGUUGGGCCGGCAUGUCAGGUCAGUUCGGGCUGGGCGUCGGGUCGGGUGGGGCCGGCAUGUCAGGUCGGUUCGGGCUGGGCGUCGGGUCGGUUCGGGCUGGGCGUCGGGUCGGAUUGGGCCGGGCCAGCGCAUCAGGUCAGGCUGGGCCAGUGCGUAGGGUUGGGCUGGGCCUGCAUGUCGGGUCGGUUCAGGUCGGGCCAGCGUGUCGGGUCGGUUCAGGUCAAGCUGGCAUGUCAGGUCGGGUUGGGCCAGCAUGUCGGGUCGGUUCGGGCUGGGCCGGCACGUCGGGUCGGUUCGGGCUGGGCGUCGGGUCGGUUCAGGUCGGGCCAGCGUGUCGGGUCGGGCUGGGCCAGCGCAUCGGGUCGGUUCAGGUUGGGCUGGCUCGUCAGGUCGGUUCGGGCUGGCAUGUCGAGUCGGUUCGGGACGGGCCAGCGCGUCGGGUCGGGUCAGGUGGGGCUGGCGCGUCGGUUCGGGCUGGCGCGUCGAGUCACUUUGGUCUGGGCUAGCACGCCAGGCUGGGCUGGCAUGUCGGGUUGCAUUGGGUUGGUUCGGGCCAGGCUGGCACGUUGGGUUGCGUUGGGUCAGUUCGGGCUGGGCCGGAGCGUUGGGUCGGCCAGUGGCUUGGAGCAGCUGGGGCAGGAAAGCCAGUGCUUGGGGCAGUUCAGCCAGGGCUCCUACGGCAACAGCGUGAGCCCUCGGGACUUUGGUGGGUAAAAGGGGCAGGGCCGUGGGCAUAAGGGGCAGGGGGCUAUGCUCCCCGAAGGGGGGGAUUCACGCGCCACCAAUGCAGUUAAGUUUAAACUUAAAAGGAUUCCAAAUGUGAUAUGGUAUGGCAAUGUAAUUAGGACAGUCCAACAACCUUAACUCUGCCCUCUACUGACGGCGGGGUGGGGGAGGGGAGUUAAAAAAAAAUCAAAUGUCUUUAAAAUCAGUUUAAUCCGAUCUGGGGCGCUAAAUACUAAAAUGCCUUAAUCAUCACUACAGGGUAGUGUUCAGGUUUCUGCUGAGGAGGAAUUUCAGUUAUGAAGAAUAACACGGAGAAACAACUAUUAAUCCUAAUGAACUAUUUGCAUGUUGCAUAAAGAUUUCAGUGAAUUUUAACUAUAGAAAAGAGGGCAGAGUUAAGGUUUGGUGCCCUAACUGCAUGUCAUACCUUAGAUGUUUGGAUUUCUUUUAAAUUUAAUCUUACCUGUGAAUUUCCUGGGUUUCUAACACUUGGUUUUGGGAUAAUUACAACGUCCCUGUAAUGCGGUUUAACCUAAACUGCCAAUAUAUGCUCUCAACCUUAACUCCA